AUGAGACGUCAUGUCUUAAAUACCAUCAGGAGUGUCGAGGCUGGCAUUUAUCCGGUGGCGAGAACUUCAGGCCUAUUUCGAUCAUGGUACAAGGUCUGUAACCUCAGCAAGGAUACUGCCUUCGAGACGGUUGUCACAUCUGCCGUGUUCGACACAUAUGCUAGGAAAUGGACGGUGACGACCGCGGACGGACGGACUGCCAAGACGAAGUUUCUGAUUAUCGCCGCAGGAUUCGCCGCCAAACGGUACAUCCCUGUCUACAAGAGCAUGGAGAAGCUCAAGGGUAUCAUGCACCACUCGUCUUUUUGGCCCCCUGAGGAUGUAAAUGUGAAAAACAAACGUGUUACAGUUAUAGGGACUGGAGCAGGUGGCGUCCAAAUCAUUCGGGAAUGGGGAGCAAAAGUAAACGAAAUGUCGGUUUUCAUGAGGACUCCGAAUCUUGCUAUCCCAAUGGGAAAGCGCGACAUGACAAAAGAGGAGCAGGUGAGAUUAAUGGACACCUAUCCGCAGCAGUUUGAAUUGCGGGAACGAUGCUUCGCUGGCUUCACCUAUGAUUUUCUUGAACGCAACACAUUUGACCACACGCCGGAGGAGAGGGAAGCCUUCUUCGAAAGUCUUUGGAAACGUGCCGGCUUUGCCUUGUGGCUUGGAGGAUACAAGGAUUACCUCUUCGACAUGAAAGCAGAUCGUGAGGCUUGUAAUUCCUGA